AUGUCUCCGUUACGAGUGCCAAGCGGUGAUUUAUUCGCCAAUGACAUGACGGAUUUUUUUAACUUCUCAACUCAACAUCCCAAUCAUGAGACACGUCACCACAAUAGGCACCAUUCACAUCGGGAGCACAAGCCCCAUGUGGUAGAAAUUCUAUCAAAUUCCAUCAUGGAAGUUAUGAACACAAAAUUUGUUCCUGAAAAUAGUGUUUUACCAGACUUGGAGCCUUUGUCGAAUCAUUUGGAAAAAGAUCAUCAUAACUUAAAGAUGAACAAUACAAUGAAUAGGUCGGACUUGGGGGUGCUCGCUGACGAGUUUAUGUACAGGCACAGUGGGGCAAUGACGGCUGUGUAUUGCGUGGCUUAUCUCCUGGUCUUCAUCGUGGGUCUGGUGGGUAACUGCUUCGUGAUCGCCGUCGUGUACCGCAGCCCGCGAAUGCGUACUGUUACGAACUUCUUUAUUGUGAACCUUGCUGUUGCUGAUAUCCUGGUCAUCGUAUUCUGUUUGCCUGCCACGCUUAUGAGCAACAUCUUUGUCCCAUGGGUGCUUGGCUGGCUGAUGUGCAAGACGGUCCCAUACGUGCAGGGGCUCUCCGUCGCUGCCUCCGUGUACAGCUUAGUUGCAGUCUCCCUUGACCGAUUCCUCGCCAUCUGGUGGCCUCUGAAAUGCCAGAUCACCAAACGCCGAGCCAGGAUGAUGAUUGUCUUCAUCUGGAUAUUCGCUAUCGUCGUCACCACACCAUGGGUCUUCUUCUUCGAUCUUGUUGUGGUCUUCGAAGACAACCCCAAUGUCAGACUCUGCCUUGACGUCUGGCCGAACCCUUUGAGCGAAAUUCUUUACUUCGUCGUGGGAAAUCUCAUCUUUUGCUACAUUCUUCCAAUGAUCCUUAUCACACUGUGCUACAUUCUAAUCUGGAUCAAAGUCUGGCGCCGAGCAAUUCCCACAGACACCCAAGAUGCCCAAAUGGAGCGCAUGCAACAGAAAUCAAAAGUCAAAGUAGUGAAAAUGCUAGUAGUUGUCGUAAUUUUGUUUGUCCUAUCAUGGUUCCCGCUUUACCUCAUCUUUGCAAGGAUAAAGUUAGGAGGUCCUAUCCAGAAAUGGGAAGAAGAUAUGUUCCCAGUGGUCACUCCUCUAGCUCAAUGGUUGGGAUCGUCAAACUCCUGCAUCAAUCCCAUUCUGUACGCCUUCUUUAAUAAGAAGUACAGAAAGGGUUUUGUCGCGAUUAUGAAGAGCAAAAAAUGCUGUGGACGGCUACGGUAUUACGAGACGAUUGCACUCCAGUCGUCGAGUACAUCGACAAGGAAGUCUUGGCAUUACAACAACAACAACCAUACGUCGAUCACACGCCGAUCGCCGCCGGUGGACAAGAACGCGGUCUCGUUCAUCUUCAACCACACGGGAGUGUAAGAACGGGAAGCGAUAAGGAACUGGUUUUCACUAAAGCCGUACGGCACCGGGGUUGUCGGCCGCACUUGGCCGGCGCCCGCGCAGCAAGCGACGCGUCUCAUCAUAUCGACUCAUACGACAAUUUCUAUUCUUGUUAGAUGUUGUAAGGUAUGUUUUUGAGUUGGACCGUUUGAUGUUGUCUUGUGCAGAACCAAUUCGACUUUUCGUGACUAACCCAAGUAGCGUUUAAUAAGUGAACAUAAUCAGUGGAUGUUUUUUUAAAUAAGGUAUAAUAACUUUUAUACGUAA